GAACCGAGAAAGGAACUGUUUGCAGGAGCUGGUUUCUUCAGGGGUGGGAGGUAGCCAUCCCCCACCCCAAACUGGCUCUCGCUGUUUCUGGAACACUCUCCCUCCUUCCAGGCCUGUUUGCAAAGCUCUUUCCAGCCGUUGCGUCAUUUCUGAACCCGAGCCAAGGACUUCCCCUCUGCUCUAUUUAUGGGCAGGCGAAGGCGGGCCUCCAGAGUUAUAAAAACAGCUGCGUCUCCAAAGCAGGCCAGAAAGACACCGAGGCGAAGGAAGAUCGCUCCUCUCGGCUGUACUGUGUUGCCAUGGCGAGCUACUCCCGUUUGCUGCUACGGAUGCUCCCGCUACGGCGUUGGGCCCUGCCGGGCCUCGGCCCCGUGUGGCUCGGCGAACCACAGCCGGCCUGCCGGGUCCUGUGGCCCUGCGGCCGCAGCCUCAUGGACCGGGUGGCGAACGACAUGGAGAAACAGUUCCAAGAGAUGGAGGAGAAGAUGACCCGGGCCUUCUUCCAGGCCUUGCCGGCCUUGACGUGGGACCGCGAAGGCCGGACGGAAGCGUGUGGGGACGGCGUCGCCCGGGACCAACCGGAUGGGAAGUACCGCUUCUCAGUGGACGUGGCCGGCUUCACGCCCGAAGAGAUGGAGGUGAAGCUGGACGGCCGGAGAGUGACGGUGACGGUGAAGCGGCGAAGGGAGAGCGGAAGCAAGGAGAGUGGCUACUGGCGGGAGCGUCAAGAGUUGCGCCGGGAGACCCUCCUGCCACCGGACGUGGACCUCCACGGUGUCACCUGCUCUUUAGCUUCUGACGGGCAGCUGUGCAUUGAGGCGCCACGCCUGGCCUUCGCGUCGACCACGGGAAAAGCCAUCCCCAUCGAUGUGAAGCCGGAUGCCCAGGAGACACCCGACGGGGAGAAACCAAGCGCCUGAGACUGUGGAUGCAGUGGCCACCCGCCCAACCCCUGUGAGAACGAGUUACGCUCUGCUGCCACGUAGAAAGACAUCUCCGUGGCUGAUGGGCCCUUCCGUCUCUUUCCACGCACCUGUCGGAGGCCUACCUGGACGCUGACCUUACUGUCAUUCUUUCUGUGCAAUAAAACUUUGAUAUUUCCCCACACACACUUGGUUGGAUUCCUGCUUGGCGUGUUGAAAGCGUGUGUGUGCGUGUGCAUUCGACUCUACCCGAAAAACGGAACGUCGAAUGGUUGAAUUGCGGCCGCAGCCUGGGAAGUGCAAGAGACGGAUGCCAACUAAAACAGGCGACAAAACCAGGCACCGUGUAACAUAAGAACGCUUCUUAAAUCAAACCAAUAAAUAAAUAAAGGGUGUGCUGGCAGUUCCCCCCUCCCCUUCCCAA